AUAACUAGCUAGUUAUGAGGUUGAGAACCUAUCUGGGCUGUAGUUAUACAGCGUUUAACGAAUCAGCAAGUCUGAAAUGUCCCAGUUUCCCGAUUAGCACGUAAACAAGCGGGGUUACCCCAUACUACCUGGACGGUAACACAUUGGUUAUGAAGGACAUCGUUGACCUGUUACCCUUAAAACAGUCGCAGUGACUCGACAAAAAAAUAAAUAAUUGUGCUCCGGGAAGAAAACUGUCAAAAACUUGUUUUUGGUUCCAUCGUGCUCUUUUACGUAGUCGACAGACAUUGAUUGACUAAAGUAUGUCCUGCACAUGCACAUCAUCGGCCGUGAGGAUAUUCUUGAAUUCAGCACACAGAGGACUGUCUGGUUCUCGUGUUCAACUGUAUGCUUUGAGCAGACCUAGUUCAUGUGAAGCUCACCUACAUCCCAGAGUCCGAGUGAGAUCCUUCCAUGAAACGGCAGUAUGUUUCGUUGCUAAAGAUGGAACAACCAAGGAUGGAUCCAGCGACGAUGGAAAGAAGAACCUCAGUGAAGGAAAGAGACCUUCGGCCUCUUCUGGUGGAUCAGGGAAGGGGGGUAACCAGCUGCACUGUCCCAAAUGUGGAGACCCAUGUACACAUGUGGAGACCUUUGUAUCGUCAACACGUUUUGUAAAGUGUGAGAAAUGCCAUCACUUUUUCGUGGUGCUCUCUGAGACGGACUCUAAGAAGGGUCUGAAUACAGAAGCAGAGUCGCCCCCUGAGGCUGUCAAAAUAGCCUUCACACAGAAACCUCCCCCGCCACCCAAAAAGAUCUAUGCCUACCUGGACAAGUACGUAGUGGGUCAGUCCUACGCUAAGAAGGUGCUGGCGGUAGCUGUGUAUAAUCACUACAAGAGAAUCUACAACAACAUCCCUGCUGGGAGCAGACAGGUGGAGGUGGAGAAGCAGGCCUCGCUCACACCACGAGAGCUAGAGAUGAGAAGACGGGACGAUGAGUACAGAUUCACGAAACUACUUCAGAUAGCAGGGAUCAGUCCCCAUGGCAACGCUCUGGGCGCCUCCGUGCAGCAGCAGGCCACUCGGGAGAAGAGAGGCGGGGACGUGUUAGACUCUACUCAUACUGACAUCAAACUGGAGAAGAGCAACAUCGUCCUGUUAGGCCCAACCGGAUCAGGAAAGACAUUGUUGGCCCAGACCCUGGCCAAGUGUCUAGAUGUACCUUUUGCCAUCUGUGAUUGUACCACCCUGACCCAGGCUGGCUAUGUGGGGGACGAUAUUGAGUCUGUUAUUGCUAAGCUGCUGCAGGAUGCAAACUACUCUGUGGAUAAAGCACAGCAAGGCAUUGUGUUUCUGGACGAGGUGGAUAAGAUCGGCAGUGUUCCUGGAAUCCACCAGCUCAGAGACGUAGGAGGAGAGGGUGUACAGCAGGGCCUGUUGAAACUCCUGGAGGGCACGAUCGUGAACGUUCCAGAGAAGAACUCCAGGAAGUUGAGAGGAGAGACUGUGCAGGUGGACACCACUAACAUCCUGUUCGUAGCGUCAGGAGCCUUCAACGGACUCGACAGAAUCGUCAGCAGACGAAAGAAUGAAAAGUACCUAGGCUUUGGCACACCAUCCAACAUGGGUAAGGGUCGCCGUGCGGCGGCAGCAGCCGACCAGGCUAACAGCAGCGAACAGACAGACAUGGUGGCAGAGAUCGAGGAGAAGGACCGUCUGCUGAAGCUCGUGGAGGCCCGGGACCUCAUUGAGUUUGGGAUGAUUCCGGAGUUUGUAGGGCGUCUGCCUGUGGUGGUGCCUCUACACAGUCUGGAUGAAGAGAUGCUGGUCCGUAUCCUGACAGAACCACGCAACGCCGUCAUACCCCAGUACCAGGCCCUGUUCAACAUGGACAAGUGUGAACUGAAUGUAACCACAGAUGCUCUGAGGGCUAUCGCCAAGCUGGCUCUGGAGAGGAAGACAGGAGCCCGAGGCUUGAGGUCCAUCAUGGAGAAGCUUCUUCUGGAGCCCAUGUUCGAGGUGCCAUGUUCAGACAUCAUGUCUGUGGAGUUAACCCAGGACGUCGUCCAGGGCGUAUCAGAGCCACAAUACGUCAGGGCUCCAGUGAAGGAGGAAGCCGAGGAGGAGUAUGACUCUGGUAUUGAAGAGGAGAACUGGCCCAGACAGGUGGACGCAGCAGCUAAUAACUGAUCUGAUCCACCUUGACCUUUUUUUACUGACACUCAUUUUCAAGAACCGCUACAGAAUUUCCACACAGUGAAAUCUAGAAUCAUUAGAACACCUUCUAGAACCUUUUUGGAAGCCAGUUGUGGGUUCCUUGAGUUCCAGCCCCCCAGCUACUGAAUCUACAACAUGAAGAAACCCUUUCUCUCUCUCUGUGUGUUUUCAUAAGGAACAACUAGGAUGUGAGAUCUGUAAAUACCUGUUGGUCCUGUGAAUCAAAUGGUAGUUGUUUAGUUACGAAUGAAGGGCCACUAACAACGUGGACCUUUUUUUUUAUAGUAUAUUUUCCAUCUUUGGGGAUUGCCUUUUAUCUAUCUUAAGAGAAUGCAAUUUGUAUUUUAAAUAGGUGAUUGUGUUCUUUCCUAUUGUGUUGUGAUGGCAGGUUGAAGUGGCAAAGGAAACACAUAUAACAUGAAUGGGAUCAGCCAUGGAAGCAAGUGAUUGGGAUCAGCCAGGGAAACAAGUGAUUGGGAUCAGCCAGGGAAACACAUAUAACAUCAAUGGGAUCAGCCAGGGAAACAAGUAUAAUGUGAAUGGGAUCAGCCAGGGAAACAAGUAUAAUGUGAAUGGGAUCAGCCAGGGAAACAAGUAUAACGUGAAUGGGAUCAACCAGGGAAACAAGUAUAAUGUGAAUGGGAUCAGCCAGGGAAACAAGUAUAAUGUGAAUGGGAUCAGCCAGGGAAACAAGUAUAACGUGAAUGGGAUCAGCCAGGGAAACAAGUAUAACGUGAAUGGGAUCAACCAGGGAAACAAGUAUAACGUGAAUGGGAUCAGCCAGGGAAACAAGUAUAACAUGAAUGGGAUCAGCCAGGGAAACAAGUAUAACGUGAAUGGGAUCAGCCAGGGAAACAAGUAUAACGUGAAUGGGAUCAGCCAGGGAAACAAGUGAUUGGGAUCAGCCAGGGAAACAAGUAUAACGUGAAUGGGAUCAGCCAGGGAAACAAGUAUAACGUGAAUGGGAUCAGCCAGGGAAACAAGUAUAACGUGAAUGGGAUCAGCCAGGGAAACAAGUAUAACGUGAAUGGGAUCAGCCAGGGAAACAAGUAUAACGUGAAUGGGAUCAGCCAGUUCACAUUGUUGAACUUAUUUUACUGAUUACAUUAUGUCAGGAAAACUUAAUCAAGUCCAGUAGUAUUUGAACCCAGGUCUGGUCACCAGAGCAUAAUAAUAUUAUAUAAUAUAUAUAAUACACAUAAUAUUCCAUAAUAAUAUAUAUAAUACACAUAAUAUUCCAUGAUGAGCAUAUUGUUUUUCUAUGGUGUUAAAUUACUGCAACAACAAAACAAACAAAAACCAUUCUGCCACUAAUUGAAGUCCAUAUCUCCUCGUAUCCACCAUGAUACUAACGGUGGGUUCAUAAUGAACUGUGUAUGUUUAAACAUCAGGGCUGCUGAGUUAAUGUUGAUGAUCGUGUAUUACAGGAACACGCCUGUAAUAGUGAUUAUCAGUGUACUACACGCUACACCGGCACACUGAACAGUACGGGCUUGAGUCCAAAAUGGUACCCUAUUCGUCUAGGGCCCUCUGAUCAAAAGUAGUGCACUAUAUAGGGAAUAGGGUGCCAUUUCAGACGCUGAAUGUUUUGAUUGUAGUAGUGACAUAAAAAUAAAAAAAACGUCAAUGGUUAUUUUGCUUGUCUACUGUCUCUAACCUCACAGGAUUACCGUUGGAUCAAUAUCAAGUAAGGUCAAAGGGCCGGUAUUCAAAACAAAAUGGGGUUUGUGUUGCUGAUCCAGGACCAGGUCCCACUUGUCCAUAUAAUAGUAUUUAUUACAAUCUAAAAGGCUACACUGGUCCAAGAUCAGUUCUCUGAAUAUGGUUUUCCCUUUGCUCUGGUUCGGGCUUUACAAAUCCCCACCUCACCUUCUGUAGUUAUGCUUCAUUAUGUCACGUUACUAAAAGCAACAAAGUCUUUACUACUUCUGUUCACACUGAACCAUGCUGUUCAAUGUCCUCGUAAUGCUGUAUGUACACUAAUAGUAAUAGAUGAACAUUCAUCAGGUUUCUACCUUAUUUGUGUUUGCUUUCAGUCCCCCCCCCCCCAGUCAACGCUCUCCUCAAAGCUAAAUGAUAACAUGUAAAACACCCCAGUUGUGAUUGUUUUAAAUAUCAUAAAUAAAAUGUAUAUCUCUCUUACUGUCAA